UGGCCGUUAGAUUGGCGGGGAUCCAAGGGUGAUAACAUCCCAGGGUUUUAGAAGCGUCUAGAGAGAAAUGGCUGCAGCUAUGGCGCCCUCGUCGUUGAUCGCCGCGAGGUCUUCCGCAAUUCAGCUCAAUGCGCCUUCCACGUCCACAAAACUUGUCUCGAGGAACUGGACAGGCCUUCGCAUGGAAGCCGGAAGUUCGUUGUCUGUGAAAAUUUCAUCGUCCCAAGCUACGAGGAUUAGGAGUGGUUCUGUGCAAGUUAGAGCAGGAGUUACUGCAACAGCACCAUCAAAGUUCAAGACUCUAAAACCUCUUGGAGAUCGAGUGCUCGUCAAGAUCCAAAAAGCAAAUGAAACAACACCGGGUGGAAUUUUACUGCCAGUGACAUCACAAACCAAGCCUCAGGGUGGAGAAGUUGUAGCAGUCGGAUCGGGCAAGACCAUUGCCGACAAGAAAAUCGAUCCUUGUGUCUCGAUUGGUGACAUGGUUGUCUACUCCAAGUACGCUGGAACCGAGGUCCAAUUCGAUGAUGCCGAGCACGUCUUGCUCAAGGAGGACGACCUCAUUGGUUUCUUGUCGACCGACGAUAUCAAAGACUUGAAGCCACUCAACGAGAGAGUCUUGAUCAAGAUAGCUGAGGCCGAGGACAAGACGUCCGGAGGUAUCAUCCUCACCGAAAAUGCCAAAGAGAAGCCCGUCACUGGCACGGCUGUCGCCGUUGGAUCUGGAGCUUUCGGAGAGGAUGGGGUGAAAAAGCCGCUAGAUAUUGCUCCAGGGAACUCGGUCAUGUAUUCCAAGUAUGCUGGAAACGAGUUUAAGAGCAAAGACGGGAGCCAGUAUGUUGUGAUCCGUGCAUCGGACAUUCUCGCAGUUUUGCCAUAGUUUGCUCCAAGGAUUGAAACAAAAACCAAUCAAUUUUAUUCUCGGAAAAAAAACAACUAGAAUCAA